AUGGCCCAGUCCAACAACGGCAUUGCCAGGGACUGCAACCCUCGUCUGUCCGCCGUCAGCGACCUUCCCGCCAGCUCUGGUGCGGCUCCUCCCCCGGAUAACGACAACCACAUUCACAACCACCGCACAUCCCCGCUACCAGAUACUUAUGCUGCCUUGACGUCUGCAAUUGCCUCGUUCCUGGCAGUCAGCAUCCACCAGAUUCUAUAUCUCCGCGCCGUAUAUCCGCAGCCAACCUUCCUCCCCGUGCGCCACUUCAACCACCCUGUGAGGCAAUCAAGACAUCCCAAAGUCUGCUCCUGGGUAACUGAUGCCUGUGCCGCCGUCGAGGCCCAACUGUUAAAAUGCUCCGUCGCUGCUGUCUCUGUCGUGAUUCUCUCCGCGCGCACCAACCGCCCGCUCGAGAGAUAUACCUUCGACAUGAACCAGAUACCAGAGGUUCCCGCCGGUGAUAUCCACACCCCAUUCGAACGCUCUUCCGCCACUACUACUUCUACGAGUACUCAACCACAGGAACAGCCAUCGAUGACAGGAUCACAACCCCACCCCAUUCCCAUCGAUCUCGAAGCCCAAUUUCGCGCAGUCCUGGCCAGACUCGCCUCAGCCUGUGCCCGCUUGACCCCACUCCCCCGCGACGAAGAAUACACCCCGACCCUCCACAUCGUCCUGCGCAACAACGCUGACAGCCCUGCCGGCGUCACCAAGGAGGAGCAACUCUGGAUCGCCGCUGAGCCCUACGGGGAAGUAGACCUCAACAGCUCCACCAGCAAUAAUAAUAAUAAUAAUAAAAUUACAAACGGCUGCUCGAAUCACCCAGAUCACAGUCCCGCCAAUGACGACUCCUUCGACAACAAUAUGACGUCCAAGAACGGCAGCGGAGGAGGAGACGGUGGUGGUGUAGGGGGUAAAAUGGAUGGAAAACGUGGCUCGCGUGGUCGGGCAAAGACAGUGCCCGUCCGGAAGGUGGAUGCUGGGGAGAUGAAAUUGGAGGUGUGGAUCGAGGAGGCGAAAGGGAAGUUUGAGGAGCUGGACCGGAUUCGGGCGGAGCAUCCGCCGUGA